AUGUCGACCUCGGCGUCCCCCGCAAAGCGGACGUCGCAGUCCUUAGACCCAGGAAGUGAUGACGAGGGCGUGCAGACGGCAAAGCGCGUCAAGCGUGAGCAUCCGGAGCGCGCCGACACUAUCGAGGAAGACAGCGAUUACCUCGACUCUGAUGACGAGAUGGAUGACGACGAUGUCGAGGCCAAUCUUGAGGAAUUACGGCGCCAACGCGAAAUCGAGCGCAAGCGCCGCAACCCCGAGGAGCUUGCCACUGCCGGUGUGGUCAAGGAGAUCAGCCUCAUCAACUUCAUGUGCCACGAGAACCUGACAGUGACGCUGGCGGAGAAGAUGAACUUUGUCGUCGGGCACAAUGGGAGCGGCAAGUCGGCUAUUCUGUCCGGCCUCGCCGUCGCCCUUGGCGCUAAGGCCACCAUCACUGGCCGCGGCGCGGGCCUCAAGAGCAUGAUCAUGACGGGGAAGGACCGUGCCAAGGUCACCGUGACCAUGCGCAACGUUGGCGAGGAUGCGUUCAUGCACGACCUGUUCGGUGACCAGGUCGUCAUUGAGCGCAACUUUGACCAAUCUGGCUCGUCCAACUUCAAGUUUCGCGCAACCAAGGACGGCAAAAUCCUCUCGGACAAGCGCGACACGCUUACCAAGAUGUGCAACCACUGGCACAUCAACAUCGACUCGCCGCUUUGCAUGCUCACACAAGAUAACGCAAAGACCUUCCUCGCAAAGACAGACCCGAAGAUCAUGUACUCGUUCUUCCUCAAGGGCAGUGGACUCGCCGACAUCAUGGACCAGUACAAAUUGACCAAGUUCUCCCAGGAGAAGUUGUCGCGCGACCUUGCCAAUGCCACAGACGCCCUACCCGACCAGCAGGACAAGGUCAGGAAGCUCCAGAACCUGAUCCAGUACGCCGAGAAGGCUCGCAAUCUUCGCAAGAAGCAGGAGGACCUCAAGGCGCAGUUAGCCUGGGCGUUUGUCAACGACAAGGAGGGCGAGAUCGAUACCGUUCGCGGGUACAUUGAGGAGCUAAACGACAAGAGCGAGAUGCUUGAAGGGAAGCUCAGCGAUAUCGACACGGCCGACAAAAAGGUCAAGGACGACAUCAAAAUGCUCCGCGACGGUAUUGCCAGGUUUUUCGACGAUCACCGCCAGACUCAACAAGAGAUGUCGGCCAAGAGGAAGAAGCUUGGCGACGCUCGUGGAGCUCUUGCGGCUGUCAAGACCAGCGUCACAGAAUGCAAGGGAGAGAUUCAAGCCCGUGAGGAGGAAAUCACCGCGAUGGAGGACAAACUGGCGGCUGCGCGGCGGGAGGAGGAGGGCGAGGCCAAUCCAGAGCAAGUACGGCUGCAGAAACAGCUUGAAGCGGCCGAGGCACAGAAGAGCGGUCUGGUGCGCAUGCUUCCUCAGAAUGAGCGUGCUGUCGCCACCGCAAAGGCCGCGGUUGACGAAACGCAGAAUGCACUCAAGGAAGCUGAGCGCGAGUACAACGAGGCUGAGAGGAGCGUGAACGAGGUCAGCCGCAGCUUGGAAAAUCUCCAGGCUCGCCGUACAGACCGACUCGCCCCUUACGGUCGCAACCUCCGCUCGGUCAUGCAGGCCAUCGAGUCGACACAGUGGAAGCACUCCAAGCCUAUUGGGCCGAUUGGCCUGCAUGUCAAGCUUAUGGAUCCGGUGUACCGCCACUGUUUCUCGAACAUGCUGGGAAGCUCGCUUUGCUCAUUUGUGGUCCGCGAUCCUGCCGACCAGAACACGCUACAGCGCAUCUUCGAGCAAUGCGGCCGGCAACACAACUUCUCUGCCAGCCCCGUUCGUCAAGGAGGUCCCCCGAACUUCCCCUCUGUUACCCUGUACAAGGGUGACCGGUAUGAUUUCUCCAAUGGCGACCUUUACCGCCAGGGCGUCGGCGAGACGGUUCUCAGCAAACUCGAGGUGGACGAUGAGGAUGUUCUUCGUGUUCUCAUCACUGCGCAUCAGAUCGAGAGGACAUUGGUCGCCCCGAGUGACAACGAUGCUCUUGCAGUCAUGGACAGAGUUCUCGGUGCCCACAACCAAAGCAUUGUUGUCUUCUCCGCUUCCGAGUUCCGCCACAACGGACACGUCAAGAACCAUCUACGUCAAUCCGGUCCUCAGACCAAAUGGCGAGGGCCAGACAUGUUCGUCACCGACGUUGCUGCGGAGAUUGAGAGGCUGCGCCCAGUCCUCGACGAGCGUGAGGCUGAUCUGCGCACCAAGAGAGCAGAGCUUCAAGUUCGUCGACAGGAGGCCACCAAGGCGCGCGAGAAUCUUAAGAAGGCACAAGCCGACGUCGAUCGCAACAAUAAGGGCAUUCCCCAUAUUAAGCGAACAAUCGAGGCCAUCAACGACAAGUUGCAGGAGUUCCGGCCUAUCGACGGCAACGCCACCGAGAUCUCGCUCGAGGAGGUGCGUGGCGAAAAGACCAAGCUGCAAGAGGAACUCAGUGCGCUGGAAGGGAACUUGGAGGUCAAGGAGACGGACUUCAAGGAUGCGCAGACGGAGUGCGAGGCGGCUCAAACCUUACUGAACUCUUUCCAAGAGCAGCUGAGCACGAAGAAGGAUGUGCUGGUGAACCUCCAGGCCCAGGAAAGGCAGUACGAGAAAGAGCGUGUGCACUACAAGGGUUCGCUUGGACGGGCAAAGGUGCAGCUCCAGCAGGAGCAGAGCACGAUCGACGAUGCCGAGAAGACUCUGAAGACCUGGAUUCAGGCCGCUCUGGGCUUCAUGGAGCGGCCCGACGAGUUUGGCGACGCCAAAGAACUCGAGGCCCAGCGUAAGGCCGUCGACAAGCAGAUUGAGGAGGCCAAGCGCCGGACGAACAUCGACCUGGACCAGGUUGUGCAUCAACAUCUAGUUGAGAGCGAGCGUCUCGACAGGACGACUCGGUCCAUCGACCAGUUCCGCGAGAUUGAGCGUCUGCUCAAGAUCGGCUUCGACGACCGCACGAAUCGCUGGCAGAUGCUGCGCCGGAAUAUUAGUCUGCGUAUCCACUUGCGUUUCAUCGAGAACGUCCGGCAACGUGGCUUCGAAGGCCGGCUGAAAUUCGACCACGAGGUUGGAGAAGAGCUCCGUCUGGAGGUGGCGACGAGCAGCGAUGCCGCUACGCAACGUGAGAUGGUUUACAAGCGCCCAGAGAGUCUGAGUGGUGGUGAGCGGUCGUUUGUGACCGUCUCCCUCUUGCUGUCGAUGUGGGAUUCGGCGCCGGCCAACCUCCGCUGCCUUGACGAGUGGGACGUGUUCCUUGACUCGGCAAACCGUAGGAUCGCAGCGGGCCUACUUAUGGAGGGAUCGCGGGACGCGACAAGCAGGCAGUUCGUGCUCAUCUCGCCGCUCGACAUGAACGGCGUCAACACGGUGGGCAGAGGCAACAAGGUGAUCCGCUUAGCCGACCCGAUCCGCAACCAACGCCGUCUCGAAGAGUUCCAGUAG